AUGGACGGAAAAAAAGUUUUAGCAGCUGAAGAUGAUGCCUUUGCUAUGAAAAUGUUUUCUACUAUGAUGGGAGCUCUUGGCUAAUAACUUGAUCAAGCUAAUGAUGGAAAAGAAUGCUUAUCUAAAUACCAAGCUAAUCCUGGUGCAUACAAAAUUAUAUUUAUGGAUUUACAUAUGCCUAAUAUGGAUGGAUAUGAUGCAACUAAAGCUAUUAGGGAAUUCGAAAAAUCAAAGGGAUUAGCAAAAGUAAAGAUUAUUGCCAUGUCAGCAUAUGAAGAUGAUGAUACUAAAUCAUAAACAUAAUCAACUGGUAUGGAUGGAAUUAUCAGUAAGCCAGUUAAACCUGCUGAAUUGAAGAAAUAUUUGUGA